AUGAAAAUUACCACAGAAUUAGUUGUCGACGAAAGCGAUUCUAAGGAUGACUUAAGUGUUGAUGAAUCCGUCGACGCUUCUGAGUGUGUGUUUGAAGGAAUCGUUUACGAAGACGGAGAGGAAUGGAGUCCCGACUCGUGUACGACCUGUCGAUGUCUUACCGGAAACACAGUCUGUGAUACAGAUGAAUGUCAUCCCAUUGACUGCAAUACACAAACAUAUAUUCCUUUGGGAAAAUGUUGUCCCGUUUGUGAAGAAACAAAAUCACAGCCAGAGUCAGAGACAACAACAAUACCACCGAUAACUACAACCAAAUCAGAGUCGACAACAUUAGACACUAUAGUCGCUACUAAUUCUACUAUAAAAUCAGAACGUGAAUCUCCAGAACCACCAAAACUUACACCAAUUCAUAUAACGCCGGCAAAUGCCGGACCCCCAGCUCCUACAAGUGACAUGUCUUCCUGGUUUCAUACUCUAGCUGUAGCACAGGCAGCAUCGGGUGAUAAAGGACCGGUCGACUCGUUUCAUUAUUUGCCACAACAAAUUGGACCUCCAGGUCCUAGAGGAAUACCAGGUCCUUCCGGACCUCCUGGUCCACAAGGACAUCAUGGUGCAACUGGACCACCUGGCGAAUUUGGACCACCAGGACCUCCGGGACCUACAGGAGAAAGGGGAUUACAAGGUCUACCCGGAAAGGAUGGAGAUAAUGGAGAAGAUGGCAGACCUGGACCUUCUGGACAACCCGGACAAACUGGCCCAAGAGGAAUACCGGGAAUGCCUGGAUUGCCCGGUGCUAAAGGACAUAGAGGUUUAACAGGACAUGAAGGAUCAAAAGGAGAAAGAGGUGAAAGUGGUGAAAAAGGACCAGUAGGUGAAACUGGAAAACCAGGUCCACAAGGCUUAAUAGGUCCAUCCGGCCAACGUGGAGAACGAGGUAGAGAAGGACCCUCUGGACCCCCGGGCAAAAGAGGAUUAGAUGGUUCACAGGGAUCACCAGGAGCUGUAGGACCACAAGGACAAUCAGGACCACCUGGAUUAACAGGAACACCUGGCGUUAAAGGAGAUCAAGGAUCAACGGGAAUUAAAGGAGAUCAAGGUCCAAUAGGACCAAGAGGUGAAACUGGUAAACCGGGUCAACCGGGAGAACAGGGCCCACAAGGAUUGCUCGGAAAAGAUGGAACUCAGGGCCCAAAAGGAAUACCCGGCGAUGUUGGACCUGUUGGUAGUCCAGGAUUUCCAGGAGCACGUGGACCACCGGGUUUUCCUGGAAAUCCCGGGCCGAUCGGCGUAAAGGGUGAACAGGGAUUACCCGGAGAAUUGGGACUUAAAGGAGAAGCAGGAAAAAAGGGUGAAACUGGUGAAUCUGGUCAACAAGGAUUACCCGGUCCUCAGGGACAACAGGGUAAAAGGGGUAAAAGUGGAACUAUUGGUACUCCAGGAUCACCUGGACUUCAAGGAGAAAGGGGACCACCCGGACAACAAGGUUUACCAGGAACUGAUGGAAAUCCAGGAAUAAAAGGAUCUCAAGGAGAUAAAGGACACGAAGGUCCGCCCGGAGCUAAAGGAAAUCAAGGAGAGACCGGCAGAAUUGGACCUCAAGGUCUUCAAGGAUUAAGAGGAAUUAUGGGCCGACCGGGAGAACCGGGAAAAGAUGGACAGACAGGGGAAAGAGGGAUACCAGGUGAACAAGGAAAGUCAGGAGUUCCUGGAUCACCAGGUCAACAGGGGCCACCCGGACUUAUGGGUCCUGAAGGUCCAAAAGGAGCACAAGGACCGGAAGGACAUGAAGGGAAAAUAGGAAUACCAGGUACACCGGGACCCAGAGGUGAUACUGGUCCACCAGGUUUGGUUGGUCCCCCGGGUAGUCCAGGAUCACAAGGUCCUAUUGGUGAACGCGGAGCUGUCGGUCCUCAAGGAUUGAGAGGGUUUCAGGGAUUACCAGGAAUAGUGGGUCCUCCCGGCAUAAAUGGCAAAGAUGGAGAGCCAGGUGUUGCGGGAGUUCCCGGAGCACCUGGACCUGUUGGACCCAGAGGUGAACGAGGAUUUUCUGGAGAUAAAGGAUCACUUGGAGAACCGGGUCCUCAAGGACUUAAAGGGGACAGUGGUUUACCGGGAAGUGACGGACUUAGAGGAUUGGCAGGUGAAAAGGGUAAUAAAGGUCAUGCCGGGUCCCCGGGACUCAUUGGCUUACCCGGUAUGAGAGGUGAAUCAGGCCUUCCAGGAGAAAAAGGUUCUCGUGGUGAUCAUGGUCCUCCUGGUCCAAUGGGGUUCACCGGUAAACAUGGUGAACCGGGUCCUCAAGGAGAACCUGGAGUACAAGGCAUAUCAGGUGAACCUGGAUCUAAAGGAGACGCCGGAGCACAGGGAGUACCAGGAGAAAGAGGACCACAGGGUAUAGCUGGAGACAGAGGACUACAGGGAACACCUGGAAUACAGGGAUUUGCCGGACCUCCCGGUCCGAUAGGACCGACUGGUUCUAAAGGGGCGAUGGGUUUUCAGGGACAGAAAGGUGAUCAAGGAUCAUUAGGACCUCAAGGACCAAUUGGAGAGAUAGGACCCCCCGGUCUAAUUGGACAAAUUGGACCAAAAGGUCCGCAAGGAAUUGAAGGCAAAAAAGGCGAUAGUGGCUUUCCAGGAUUACCAGGAAGACUUGGAGAACCUGGAACACAGGGACCACCCGGCUCUCCUGGAUCACCAGGAAUUCCUGGUACUCCAGGAUUGAAGGGUGCAACUGGAGAUCUGGGUCGACCCGGUAGUCCAGGAAAUCCUGGCCCACAAGGUCUACAAGGAAUAAUUGGUCCUAAAGGAGAUAAUGGGGAACAGGGUCCAAUUGGAUUAACUGGUCCUCCAGGUUCUUCUGGACCAAUUGGUGAAAGAGGCCUUACUGGAUUACCAGGCAUUACAGGAAAACAGGGACCUCAAGGACAUAGAGGAAUACAGGGAGAGAGAGGUAAUGAUGGAAAACCAGGCCAAGACGGUCAACCUGGUCCUAGUGGUCCUCAAGGACCUCAGGGACAAAUGGGUCCAGUCGGUGAACCAGGUCCUCAAGGAAACUCCGGUAAAGAUGGAUCACCUGGUAUUCCUGGUAGACAUGGAGAUAAAGGUCCAAUUGGAAAUUCUGGACCUCCCGGAUCACAAGGUUCUCCAGGACCUAUCGGUUCAGUCGGCCCAACUGGUCCAACUGGACAAACAGGUGAUAAGGGCCAAACUGGUGAACAAGGACCUCGAGGAUCACAAGGACCACAAGGCUCACGAGGAUUUCCAGGACCACAGGGGCUAAAAGGAGAAACUGGAUUAUCUGGUGAAAAGGGACAAAAAGGACAUCGAGGACUUAUUGGAUUGCAAGGAUUACCGGGAUCUGCUGGACAUCCCGGAGAAAAGGGCUCAAUGGGAGCACCAGGUUUUCAAGGACUUGCUGGUCCGGCUGGUAUUAAAGGACCUCCAGGAAGGGAUGGUUUACCAGGCUCCACAGGUCCUUCAGGUCAUCCCGGAGCCAGAGGCGAACGUGGAGAAGAUGGCAAACCGGGUACUUCUGGUGAACGAGGCUUACCGGGACCUCCGGGCCCACCCUGUGAACCAAUUACUUAUGAUGCAGCAACACUGGCACUUAUACUAAAUCAACCUGGUCAAACUAAAGGACCGGACCCAUUGCUCGGUGACCAACCAAAUGAGCCAAAUCUUCUUUCAACUGAUCUCUCGGACGAACACAAGAAACGAUUAAUUCUCGAUUUUUACAAUAAAUUAGUGAAAGAAUACGAAAAGUUAAGACAACCGACGGGUAAGAGGGAGGCGCCCGCCAAGUCUUGCAAACAUCUGUUUGAUGUCAAUCCACAGUUUAAAAGCGGCAUAUAUUACAUCGAUCCAAAUGAAGGUGAUAUCAAUGACGCUAUCGAUGCCUACUGUGAUGUGACCACUAAGUCUACGUGUGUUUUGCCGGCAGUCGAUGACAUACCUGUGCGUACUUAUACUAAACAUAAUAAGUUCGGUCACAUUUGGUUUAGUGAAAUGGAUAAUGGAUUUAGUUUUGCAUAUAAAGCCGAUAAAACACAAUUAAAUUCAUUACAAUUAUUGAGUCAACAGGCCGUACAAAAUAUAACAGUUUUAUGCAAAAAUUCAAUCACUUAUUACGAUUCAACAAAACAAUCGCUUAGAAAAGCCGUUAAAUUAAUGACUUAUAAUGACAUCGAAUUGACCGCCGAUUCCGACAACAGGUUUACCUAUCAAUCUAUAAGUGAUGGCUGUCAGAAACAUAAUAAUAAAUUGGAUAACACAAUACUACAAUAUAAGACAGAUAAACCACAAAGACUACCAAUUUUGGAUAUAGCUAUUAGAGAUAUUGGACGAAAUGAUCAACAAUUUGGUUUACAAUUAGGACCCGUUUGCUUCAAUUAG